UUCUCGCACGGAGCGGUGUUAUUGUAGCUCCGCGAUGGCAGCUGUGGAGACACAUGUGCAGGGCUCAGACCCGGAGCUCCACAGCGAUGAGGAGUUUAAAGAGUUUGAGGAGGGCAGCGAGGGCGACGCAGGCUCUGAUGACGGAGACAGCGAUGGGGACGCGGGCAGCGACGGGGACGCGGGCAGCGACGGGGACGCGGGCAGCGACGGGGACGAUGAGGAGGCAGAGGAUGAGCACGAGGCUGAGGCCGGGGAUCCUGCAGAGGACGAUGAGGCCAACGCUAACGCAGGCUGGGCUGAAGCUAUGGCCAAAAUCCUGGGCAAACCCACCACCCAGAACCAGAGCACCAUCCUCCAGAAAAACAAAGACCUGCUGAAGGUGAAGGAGAAGGAGCGCGAGGAACAGCUGGAGAAGAGGAAACAGCUGGACAAGAAGCGAUCGUGGGAGAUGAUGAGUCGAGUGAAACCGGACGCCGUGAAGGACAGAGAGGCGGAGAAGGCUCUGCAGAGAAUCGCCACCAGAGGCGUGGUGCAGCUGUUUAACGCCGUAAAGAAGCAUCAGAACAUCAUCAACGAGAAGGUGAAAGAAGUGGGCGGGUCCGAGCGGAAAAAGGCCAAGAUCCUGUCGUCCGUGUCAAAGAAAGACUUCAUCGACGUUUUGAGGCGGACGGAAGAAGGGCCGACGAAAACCACCAAGAAGGAGAAGAAGGCUGCGGUGAAGGAGGAGGAGGACGAGGAGACGCCGGCCUGGAACGUGCUCAGGGAAGACUUCAUGAUGGGAGCCUCAAUGAAAGACUGGGACAAGGAGAGCGACGGAGACGGAGAGGGAGAGGGGGGAACGGAGGAGAGAGGAGCACAAGGAGAGGAGAGCGAUUCGGACUGAGGAGAGGGAGGAGCUCGGGGGAGAGAAACGGAGGAGAGGACCAGGAGGAGAAGUGACCGGGGCCCAAGAAGAGGAGAGAAAAUUGGACCGAGACAUGAGAGACUGGGGACAUGUUAAAUAGACUGUAGGGCUGGACGAUAUGAGAAAAGAAGAAUCACAAUCUCUUUUCCCCAUAAUGAUAGAUCUCGAUUUUCGAUUCGAUCUUCUUCCACCUUAUCAAAGACUUCAGGCAUAAAGUUCAGGUUGUCAGGAUCACUAUUGUGUGUAUUUCUUGUUUGAUAGGACUUAUAAUUACGGAGAAAUCCACGUGUAAAUUUAGAAACACUUGCGAUGUCCGUGCGCUAAAUUAGGUCUCACGUUUCACUCAUAAACUGUGAGAAAAUAGUCGUUUACUUUCCAUAACUUGGAUUAUAAAGAUGAGAAGCACAAGAGGAGAGAAAGAGAAAAAAAAGGUGAAGACUUUUAAUCAAAUUGUGCAGAUUUAACAUCACCUGAGGAGACGUAAAGAGACGCGCUGUGGCUCAGGCUGCUUUUUCCUAAACAAGAGUGGAAAUUCUCACGAUUGGCUGUUGAACUGUCGAUUAAAACGCGCUCGCCUUAUCAUCGAGAUCGACCAGAAUUUUGGCACAGCCCUAACAUGUGGUAUUCUUUAGCAGAGUGACUCAAAUGUUAGUAGUUUUUUUUUUCCUAGACCAAGAGUUUGUUUUCAUACGUGACAGUUUCGACUCUUCUCCGCGCUCUUCCUCAGAGUCGUCACGUGAUGUUGCUGUGACGUAUCCAGCUGAUUUAAACAGGUUUUGGCGCCGUUGUCCCGAAUCCUCUUGUUGAAAGACAUCGCCAAAACCCGUAUAAAUCAGAUGACCGAAUCUGACCGAGCUGCAAUCCGACUUCUGACCGGACACGUCACAGCAACAUCAGGUGACGAGUCUGAGGAAGAGCGCGGGGAGGAGUCGAAACUGUCAGAUAUGAAAACAAACCCUUGGUCUAAAAAACAACAACAUAAUAACAUGAAUUAUCGGAAGACCAAAUGAACCUCACUGGAUGCGCAAACUACAGCCUGGGGACCAUAUGCAUCCCCUUUAAUCUUUUUAAUCCGGCCUGUCCAACUUGAUUAAUAAUGACAAUAAAGUUCAAGGUUUUAAAAGUCAUUUCAAUAAAUAGUAAAUACCGUGGCACUUGAAAGACAGGUGUUUUGUUGUAAUGAUUUUCGAUAACAUGGGAUUUGUUUUCUACAUAUCCCAUGUUUUUCUCUUAUGAGGUGGAUUACCAAAAAACUCCAUCCAUCUGCUCCUGGUCCGGUCCUUCCGUCAAAUUUUAGAAACCUUGAAAAAGUGAAAAAGUUUGCCCUGCCCUGGACUAAAGUGACUCAAACUGUUCUCACCAGUUACCACCAAAGAUGAGACUUCGCUUUCCCAGUAUGAGAUCUAUAACUGAACUAUUCCGGGUCUGAUCGAGGACUAAACCAGGUCUAAACGUGGACUACAUCGUUCCCACUGUAGUUCUAAACAAGAAAUGAUCCAAAAAGGAGAAAAUAGUGGAUAAAAUAAACUCUAAAAGAAGCAAACACAUGAACUGAAGAUCUGUCCAAGCAGCACGUGAAGGAGCUGCUCACGUACCACAGUCUGAGAAACAUUUAUUUAACAGAAUUUGUCUUUUUGUCUGGUUUAAUCGCUCUGUAAUUACUCUGCCUGUCCACGUGAAACAAAAACUGACACAACAUAUUCAAAAUGCGAUGUCUUCUCUCAGUCUCGUUCCAAUGUUUGGAUCGUGAACCCUUCCCUCCGUCUGAAAUCGUGACAUGAAAUUCAGAAACAGGACACGGACCAUGGGGACUUUUCUUAUCCUGUGGAAUAUUCCAGAGAAAGUGGACUUCAAACUGGAUUAUAAACCUCAAGGACACUCGUCAGAACAUAGGUUUUUUUGUUAUUUGUGAAACAUUGAUUCAAAUUGUUUAUAAAAUAUGUAAAUGCCA